AUGACCAUGAUGACAUGCUGCUGCAUUAUGCGAUGGAGGCCAUCCUCUGAUCUCGCCUUCAAUGCGGAAGUCUAUCCCCGACCGACCGAUAUAUUGGUCACCCGACCCCUGGACAGCUACCACUUUGUUGGCUACGGCCCCAACCAGGCUCUCGCCAGCCCUCUCAGUCGCUUUGUGCUCGUCAGUAUGUUUCGCGCCGUGGCACGUCUCAAAAAUGUACGAAAGGCCCCUGGCCCGCAGGGGGAGAUCAAGACCGUUGAUGACGGAGACGCGGCAGGGUUGGAUCGAUACAUGGAUGUCUUCUGGAGAGAAUUUUCUCCGUCUCCCGUGAAUAUGAAGUUGCAUUUCGACGCCUGA